AUGACUCGGGACCUAUCAGACAUCUUGAAGGCUGCUGCCCUUGACCUGGCGCCGUACGAGGGUCUCUACAAAUACUUCCAUGCCAAUCCCGAGCUCUCCCUGCAAGAAGAAGCUACAUCGCAAAAGGUUGCCGCACAUCUGUCGGGGUUGAAAGCGUAUGAAAUCCACACUAACAUCGGCGGCUUCGGACUGGCCGGUGUCCUUCGAAAUGGUCCCGGAAAGACCGUUCUGCUGCGCGCUGACAUGGACGCACUUCCUGUCAAGGAACUCACCGGACUCCCGUAUGCCAGCUCGGUUACUAUGCGGGAUGCCGACGGCAAUGAAAAGCCCGUGAUGCAUGCCUGUGGACACGAUAUGCAUAUGACAUGUCUGCUCGCCGCGGCGGAGACUCUCGCAAACACUCAGCAUGCGUGGAGCGGAACAUUGAUCGUGGUGUUCCAGCCCAACGAGGAAAGAGGUGGAGGCGCGCAGGCCAUGGUUAACGACGGGCUGUAUUCCAAGGUCCCGGUGCCCGAUUAUGUUCUGGGUCAGCAUGUAAUGCGCAUGCGGGCAGGAAAGGUCGGCUCACGGCCUGGUACGAUUAUGGCUGCGGCCGAUAGUUUGAAGAUUACUGUUUUCGGACGCGGCGGCCAUGGGUCGUUGCCGCAUCAGACAGUGGAUCCGGCACUGCUCGCUGCGCAUAUUGUCGUUAGGCUCCAGGGCAUCGUGAGUCGAGAGGUUGAUCCAACGGAUCUAGGCGUUGUCACGGUUGGGAGCCUGCAAGCCGGGCAGACCGAGAACAUCAUAGCGGAUCGAGCGGAGAUCGGUCUAGAUUUUAGAACCGUUAAGCUAGAGACCCGACAGAAGAUUCUUUCUGCCAUUCAGCGUAUCGUCGAGGCCGAAUGUAUGGCCAGUGGUUCGCCAAAACCUCCUGUGUUUACCCCGACACGGCGAUUUCCGCCAACUAACAAUGACAAUGACGCGAUUGCUCAAGUGGCCAAAUCGUUUGAACAGCACCUUGACGAUUUUGACGGGGACACGCCAAGAAGCAAUGUUAGUGAGGAUGUGUCCACGCUGGCAACUUGCAAAGACAUCCCGUGCUGCUUCUGGUUUCUUGGUGGAAUUGAUGCUCAGGUCUGGGACAAAGCCGAGGAAGAAGGCAAUCAGUCCGAGAUACCUUCGAACCACUCGGCGCUCUUUGCGCCCGCUAUACAACCAACAAUGGAAGUUGGAGUCAAGGCUCUUUGUCUUGCAGCUUUGACAUUCUUGAAGAAAUAG